CGUGUGUUGAGGUUUUCUCAAGAAGCUUCCAACAUAGUCUUUGUUGUCAAUUUUCAUCUUCUUGGCCUUCAUCGAAAAAUCUCAUCUUCAUCUCAGAUUUCGAUAUUUACCCCUUCGGUGUUAAUCUCUCGUCAGAAAAUCCUCAGGCGACAAGAGCCAGCCAUGGAUCUCCAGCCAGAAGAGCUCCAGUUGUUGACGAUUCCUCAACUACUUCAAGAAUCCAUCUCAAUCAAGAAACGAACUCCAAGAACCUUCUACCUCAUAACCCUCUCCCCAAUCUUCCCUCUCUCCUUCGCCAUCCUCGCCCACUCUCUCUUCACUCAGCCCAUUCUCGCCGAGCUCGACUCCUCCGACCCACCAAACUCUGACCGUUCCCGUCACGACUGGACCGUGCUCCUUACCUUCCAGUUCAGCUACCUCAUCUUCCUCUUCUCCUUCUCUCUCCUCUCAACCGCCGCUGUAGUCUUCACCGUCGCUUCUCUCUACACCGGCAAACCUGUCUCCUUCUCUUCCACCAUCACUGACAUCCCCAAAGUCUUCAAACGCCUCAUGAUCACUUUCCUUUGGGUUGCUCUCUUGAUGUUCGCUUACAACUCAGUCUUCCUCGUGUUCCUUGCGAUCCUUAUCGUAGCUCUAUAUUUGAACAGUGUAGGCUUAGCGAUCAUCGCCGGAGUUAUAAUCUCUGUUCUUUACUUCGUUGUUCAUGUCUACUUCACUGCCUUGUGGCAUCUAGGUAGUGUGGUUUCCGUUCUUGAGCCCGUUUAUGGACUCGCUGCCAUGAGAAAAGCUUAUGAGCUUCUCAAAGGGGAGACUAGGAUGGCUAUGGUGUUGGUCUUUGUUUACCUUUUGCUUUGUGCGGUGAUUGGUGGUGCUUUUGGAGGGAUUGUGAUUCAUGGUGGGGGAAAGUUUGGGACUUUGACUAGGACUCUUGUUGGUGGGUUGCUUGUUGGUUUGCUUGUGAUGGUGAAUCUUGUGGGUUUGUUGGUUCAGAGUGUGUUUUAUUACGUUUGCAAGAGUUAUCAUCAUCAGACGAUUGAUAAGACGGUUUUGUAUAAUCAUCUUGGUGGGUAUCUUGGAGAGUAUGUGCCUCUUAAGAGCAAUAUUCAGUUGGAGAAUUUAGAGUUUUGAAUAUUGGUUUUGAGCAGAAGAAGCUCAAGAGAUUCUGGUACUGUUUCUGGUGAUCUAUACGUAGUCCGGUUCGGAUUUGGUGAAAAGUUCUUGAUUAAAAACCCGAUAAAAUUCGGUACAGAUUCAAAAGUCCAUCAUUAACAUGUCAUCUGAUACUAGAUGAUUCGAUCAAUUUUUUAAAAAAAUGUGCUAACAUUUUUAAAAUGAUUAAACUUUUGACAUACUUAUAAUAUUAUAUAAGAUUAAAUAGACUACUUGUUCUAUAAAUUUUUUUUUAAUGAAAAUUAAGAGUAUGGUGUUUGAUAAAACUAAAGUUUAUUGAUUUGAUUCAGUAUUAGUUUAUUUUCAUUAUUGAAAAUAUAUUAUAAGUGUACUUUCGUUUAUUUUUAAUUUAAAAAUUAACUUUAUAACAUUUUGAUUUAUUUAUUUUUAUUUUAAUAUUUAGCUAAAAUCUUAUUUUGAUAUAAAAAUAAUCAAAAAUUUUUAUGGCAAGUGAAUUGGAAUAAAAAAAUCAAUUUUUGAAUUCAAUUUUUAAAUAAAAUAUGAAUUUUGAUAGUAUUGUAUGUUUUAAAUGUUUCAUAAUACUACGUUAUUUUAUAAUUAUAUAUUAAAUUUUAUUAAAGCUAAUGACAACGAUUUAACCAUGGUCGUUCCAAUUAGGAGAGGAUACAAUUACUUGUUACAUGCUCUGUACUCGCUACUUUAUCGGUAUUUGACCAGUAAAAAUAGGUACUUGCUUUGAUCAGGUUGACUGGUCAAGUAUCAAAUAUUCUAAUUAAAUUACUUGCAAGCAUAAGACAAGUAUAAAGUAUUAAAAAUAAAAUAGCUAUUUGGCGUUGUUUGGCUUGUAACUUGUUUUUACUAAUGAACAAUAUACAUUUUCUUAAACCAUAGUAAAAUAACUCGUUUAUACAUCUAUUUCCAUAAAUUAAUCAAUCAUAAAUUAUAUAUUUAUAUAAGCAUAUAGAAAUUUUUUCUUUUUAUAUAUAUUAUUUUUCAAAAUGGCUAAAACAUAAGAGAAAUAAUGAGUAUUCUUUAUAAAUGAUGAAGUUGUUUAGUUUUGAAUUCUAAUAAAUUAUCAAAUAACUUAUCAAUAACUAUUAAGUAACUUACAAGAAAUUUAUAAGUAACAAAUAACAAAAUAAGACAAGUUACUUGUAAGUCCGCCAAUUUUUUAGCAAAUACUUGUAGUUACAAAUAUUCGUUUUUAACAAAUACGAGUCCAAAAUUUUACUAUCCAUAAAAGUCAAGUUAAUUAUCAAAUAUACCAAAAAUGGCUUUUGUUUACCCCUAGUUCCAGUGACCUAGUAAAUCUACUUUAGUGUCUGUGUUUUUAGGUUUGAAAACAUUGGUUAUAAUUUAAAUUAAAUGAAUUUUAUGUGCAAAGGAAAAGAAAAACAGUUUAGACGAAAAACACAAAAGGUUCACUGAAUCUUGGGAUGGUCUAAAGUCCCAGUGUCUGUUUUACUUAUGUUAUCAAUUACUAUAAACCAAACUUUAAUUUAUCCCUAAGUGCGUCCAAAUCAAAUAUAUUUCCGGUCAUAGGCCCAACAAGAACAUCUUGUUUACACCAUUGUUUUGUUGUGGAACUGAUUUCAAUCCAUUAAAAAAUACCCUCUUACAGAACAUAGGACAGAUAUUUAAAUGCUCGCUUGGACACACAGAAAAUACUAAAUAGUAAUGUCAUUUGCAAUUGAAUAUAACAUGUAAAACUUUAUUUGAGGAUUGCAGUUUUUUUUCAACAUGGUUGACUUGUCUUUAUACGUCGAAAAUUAUUUUGAACGUUAGAUAUAUGAAGGAUAAGAAAACCUAAUAUAUUAAAAUAGAGUCAAUUUAAAAAAUAUGCUGUACAAGUUUAGAUCUGACCCAAAAAACUUCGUUCUCUCUCUAGUUUUCACCAUCUUCUCUGUAAAAGAGUUUUCAAAAAAAAAAAAGUUUGAGGUAAGGGGCUGGUGGUUUCACCACCGCCGGUCACCCUUUUUUCUUUUGUUUUUGUUUUUUGUGUAAAUAUUUGAUCGGCUCUUCAGCUUAGUCCUAUCUUACUUCCGUCUGCGGAUUUUUUCUUUGGUAUAUCCGACUUGGAUCUUCGCAAGGCAAAGUAUUCAGAAAGUGUAGAGUCUUGAGCUUUGCAAUUAACCUUCCCGGUUCUGGAUUCAACUUAAGAAAAGCUGAAGUUUGCUUCUAGCAAAUGUUUUGGCAAUAGUUGCCUCUAAAUCGAUUGAAGGUAUUUGGAGUACUUUACAUCCAAAAGAAGAGAUUGGAGACUGAAGUAGCAGAGGUGCAAAAGAUAAUAUAGGUCUCAGAUCCAUUGAAAUGGUGUUGCCUUCUUGGAGAUAAGGAAGCAAAAGAGCGUUGAGAGAACAGAGUUUUCUUGGCGUCGGCGACCAGUCCACGGUAGACCAGUCCACGGCGUCGGCGACUACCGCUUCACGCAUGGAAGACACCUGUUAUCACGUGUUGCGAGUACUGGAAACCCCUAGGGUUUUCUAGAUCUUGUAUUGUUCUUUAAUUGGGGUUCAAUAUUAUGUUUUCUCUUAGUGGUCAUUUUCAGUGUAAUCUGAAACCUUGUAAAAGUCAAAUGAAUGAAAGUUUGUU